AUGGCGUCCUUGCUUCACAGUUUUGACUGGGAGAUAAGCAGUGGUACCACUCCAGAGACCUUGGACAUGAACGAGUGGAUGGGAAUAACGCCAGCGAAGUUCCCAGUGAUGAACAGUGAUCCCAAUCAGGGAUUCUAUUGUUCAGAGGCACAAGAGGACUUUGAUACCAAACAACAACAACCGGGGCCCCCGGCAUGGCCAGUCUUUGGUAACAUCUUUGACCUCGGAGCCAUUCCACACCAGACAUUGUACAAGCUCAAAGAAAAGUAUGGUCCUGUAAUUUGGCUAAAACUUGGAUACACAAACACCUUGGUGAUACAGUCCGCCGAGACUGCUGCAGGAUUAUUCAAGAAUCAUGACCUUGCUUUCAGCGAUCGCAAAGUCCUUCUUGUGUUUACAGCUCAUAAUUACUACCAAGGAUCACUGGCACUAGGUUGGUAUGGCCCAAACUGGCGCAUGCUCCAGCGUCUCUGCUCAACAAAGCUCAUGAUAAAUAUAACCAAGCAAAUCGACCAGACAGCUGUCCUCCGACAGAAGUGCACUGAUGACAUGAUAAGGUAUAUUGAAGAGGAUGUUGCAGAAGCACAAGCACAGGGAGAGUCGGGGGAAAUCAAGGGCGCCCACUACCUCUUCCUUAUGACCUUCAAUCUAAUUGGCAAUCUUGUGCUGUCACGGGAUCUUGUGAACCCUCGGUCAAAAGAUGGCCAUGAAUUCUAUGAUGCCAUGAACAAUGUCAUGAAGUGGGCUGGGACACGAAAUGUGGCAGAAUUCUUAACAUUUUUGAAAUGGCUGGAUCGUCAGGGGAUCAUGAGGAACAUGGUGCAGGACAUGGGACAAACCAUGAGGAUAGUGGAGAAAUUUGUGAAGGAGAGGACAGAGGAGUGGAAUCAGGGAGAAAAAAGAAAAAACGACUUCCUAGAUGCACUAUUGGAGCAUGAAGGUGACGAAAAAGAUGGGCCUGAUGUGAUCUCAGAUCAAAAUAGACUAAUUAUCAUACUGGAAAUGUCUUUUGGUGGAUCAGAAACUACAAGCACCGCGAUGGAAUGGGCCAUGACAGAGCUAUUGCGCAACCCUAUGGUGAUGGGAUGAGCUACAGAAGAGCUUCAUCAAGUUGUUGGACCCAAAUGAAAGGUUGAGGAAAGCGACAUAGAUCAACUUCCAUAUUUGCAGCCAGUGGUUAAGGAAACACUAAGGUUACAUCCAGUCAUUCCUUUGCUGCUUCCACCAAAUACUUUAGAAGAUACAAACUUCAUGGGGCACCUAAUACCCAAAGAUACACAAGCUUUUGCGAAAGCAUAGGGUAUUGGGAGAGACCCAGAUUCUUGGGAGGAUCCCAUGUCUUUCAAGCCUGAGAGAUUUCUAGGAUCAAACAUUGAGUACAGGGGACAGAAUUUUGAGUUUAUUCCAUUUGGAUCUGGGAGAUGAAUUUGUGUGGGCAUGUUAUUAGCUCAUAGGGUAGUUCUCCUUGGUCUAGCCUCUCUGCAGCACUGUUUUGACUGGGAGCUUGGCAGCGAUUAUGCUCCAGGGACCAUAGACGUGAAUGAGAGGAUGGGACUAACAGUGCAAAAGCUCAAACCCUUAAAAGCUAAACCAAAGCAGAUAGGGAGAAUGAUAAAUGUCAAAUGA